AUGGCGGGGCCCCAUAGGACCAUGAAAGCCAAGGAGCCACCUAGUCAGCGAUCAGGGAAACAUGGGACUGAGGAUCUCCGGCCUGGUGAUGGUCACUUCCUUGAAGUGGGUUUCCCGUCCGGCACAUUAGUAACUGUCCCCGGUACUGAGAGAGAUACGGGGGGGCCGCCGUGGCUGGACCUCCUGCUGCUGACUAAUGUGGGUGGAGUCCUGGGUGAGGGGAACCAACCAAUAAUCUCUUUCUUUCUAUUUGUAGUCCAUGGACGGGACGUCGGGAAGAUCUCAGAGGAACGUCUCACGUUGUCUCCAGAAGAUGAGGACAUCACACAGUAUAGUCGAGGAGAAGACCAUAAUGUCCAUCAGGUGCCCCACAGUGUGGAUGGACCAUCGUAUUCCUCAUAUCCUGAGGAACCUCAGACCGAGAGGGGCGGGGCCGUCCUUCCAACGAUUGUAGUCCAGGAACAAUCUCACAGAGGUCAGAAGUCGUAUUCCUGCCCUGAGUGUGGGAAAAGUUUUUCACAUAAGUCCCAUCUUUCCAUACAUAAUAGAUCUCACACGGGGGAGAAACCGUAUUCCUGCCAUGAGUGUGGGAAAAGUUUUGUCACAAAAUCACGUUUAGAUAGACACCAAAAGUCUCACAGGGGUGAGAAGCCGUAUUCUUGUUCCGAGUGUGGGAAAUGUUUUUCACAUAAGUCCUAUCUUUCCAUACAUCAGAGAACCCACACAGGGGAGAAACCAUAUUCCUGUCCAGAGUGUGGGAAAUGUUUUUUACGGAAGUCCUAUCUUUCCAUUCAUCAGAGAUCUCACACAGGGGAGAAACCAUACACUUGUCAUGAGUGCGGGAAAAGUUUUGCCAAGAAGUCCAAUCUUUCCAAACAUCAGAGAUCUCACACAGGGGAGAAGCCGUAUUCCUGUCCAGAAUGCGGGAAAUGUUUUUUACGGAAGUCCAAUCUUUCCAUACAUCAGAGAUCUCACACGGGGGAGAAACCAUACACUUGCCAUGAGUGCGGGAAAAGUUUUCCCACAAAAUCAGAUUUAAAUAAACACCAAAAAGCUCACACGGGUGAAAAGCCAUAUUCUUGUUCUGAGUGCGGGAAAUGUUUUUCGCAGAAGUCCAAUCUUUCCAAUCAUAAGAUAUGUCACACAGGGGAGAAGCCGUUUGCCUGCCCGGAGUGCGGGAAAUGCUUUUCACGCAAUUCCCAUCUUUCCGCACAUCAGAGGUCUCACACAGGGGAGAAGCCAUAUGUCUGCCCUGACUGCGGGAAAGGUUUUCUGCAGAAAUCCUAUCUUUACAUACAUUAUAGAUCUCACACAGGGGAGAAGCCGUAUGCCUGCCCUGAGUGCGGGAGAGGUUUUGUCAAAAAAUCCAUUUUAGAUAGACACCAAAAAUCUCACUUGGGCAAUAAGCCAUUUCAUUGCUCGGAAUGUGGGAAAUGUUUUUCGCAGAAGUCCCACCUUUGCAGGCAUCAGAAGUCUCACACGGGAGAAGCCGGGUGCUGGAAAUGUUUUACCAGCAAAUCAGUUUUAGAUAGACACCAAAAGUAA